AUGGACACUCGGGGAUUGCCAGCCGUCCGGGCCGCGCGUGGAGGCCCAAACGGCGGCCCUGGCUCCGGCUCUGUCUCUGGCUGGUUUCGUCGGCUCAGCCCGGGCCCCGCGCGCCGCCGCCUGCUGCUGCUGUGCGGCCCCGAAGAUGGCGGGUCUGGGCCGCGGCGCGAGCAGGCCUCGGCUGGCCCGGAGCUGAGCCCGCCGGCCCCGGAGGACGCCGCCGGCGACGGCUCCUUCGUGGUACUGCUGGAAGUGGCGCGCGGCGCCCCCGAGGUCCCUGGGAGGACUAGGGGCGGGCGCUGCGCAAGUCCUGCAGACCGCCCCGGUCAGGGCCCCAGCGGCCCAGCCUCCGCCCACAACCCCGCCGCGGCCUUAGCGGGCGCCGUCACUGUUGCCGGCCAGGACCUGCUAGUGCGCCUAGACAACGGGGUCUUCACUCUGGCGUCACCGCCACCGCCCGGGAGCCCGCCAGAGCCUCCAGGCGCGCCUGCCCCGCAGUCGGGCAAGGACGCCGCCAGCGUCGCCGAGGGCCACCGCGGGAGUGCGGGUCCCUCUGGCUACCGCUGCCCCGAGCCUCAGUGCGCGCAGACGUUUGCUAGGAAGCACCAGCUCAAAGUACACCUACUGACGCACGGAGGCAGCCAGGGCCGACGACCCUUCAAGUGCCCACUGGACGGCUGCGGCUGGGCCUUCACCACCUCCUACAAGCUCAAGCGGCACCUGCAGUCGCACGACAAGCUGCGGCCCUUCAACUGCCCCGUGGGCACCUGCGGCAAGAAGUUCACUACCAUCUAUAACCUCAAGGCGCACAUGAAGGGUCACGAGCAAGAGAACUUGUUCAAAUGUGAGGUGUGCGCGGAACGCUUCCCCACGCAUGCCAAGCUCAGUUCCCACCAGCGCAGCCACUUCGAGCCCGAGAGACCGUACAAGUGUGAUUUUCCUGGCUGCGAGAAGACAUUUAUUACAGUGAGUGCUCUUUUUUCCCAUAAUCGAGCCCAUUUCAGGGAACAAGAACUCUUUUCUUGCUCCUUUCCGGGAUGCAGCAAACAAUAUGACAAAGCCUGUAGGCUGAAAAUUCACCUGAGAAGUCAUACAGGUGAAAGACCUUUUGUUUGUGACUCUGAUAGUUGUGGUUGGACCUUCACCAGCAUGUCUAAACUCCUAAGGCACAAAAGGAAACAUGAUGAUGACCGGAGGUUUACCUGCCCUGUGGAAGGCUGUGGGAAAUCGUUCACAAGAGCAGAGCAUUUGAAAGGCCACAGCAUAACCCACCUAGGCACAAAGCCAUUCGCGUGUCCUGUAGAAGGGUGCUGUGCUCGGUUUUCUGCUCGCAGUAGUCUGUACAUUCACUCUAAGAAGCACCUCCAGGAUGUGGACACAUCGAAAAGCCGCUGCCCAGUCUCCAGCUGUAAUCGACAGUUCACGUCCAAACAUAGCAUGAAGACUCAUGUGGUCAAACAGCACAACCUGCACCAAGAUCUCUUAUCUCAGCUAGAAGCUGCAAGUUCUCUUACGCCCAGCAGUGAACUUACCAGCUCAGGACAAAGUGAGCUCAAUAAUAUAGACUUAGUGUCUCUCUUCUCUAAUGCAUCUGGUGAUAGUAAUAGUUCAGCAGUUGCAUCAGACAUGGCAUUGGUGAACUCUGGAAUUUUGACUAUUGAUGUUACUUCUGUGAACUCAUCUCUGGGAGGGAACCUUCCUGUUAACAACAAUUCCUUGGUGCAGAUGGACCCACUCGUCCUGGUGGCCAACAGUGACAUUCCUCCCAGUCUGGAUAGCCCUCUUAUGCUUGGGUCAACGGCCACGGUUCUUCAGCAGAGCAACUUAAAUCCAGAUGAUGUGCAAACUGUAAGUGCAGAAGCACUAGGUUGUCUGGUGUCUCUGCCUGUGAAGAAUUUGAGUCAAGAUCCGCAGGAUUUGACCUCCACACCAACUCCUUCAAACAAUCCCAGUGGAAACAACCAUGUCCCAGAACUGCUGGCUCCAAUCAAAGUGGAACAGAACUUGCCUCCUGGCCCAGAUGUUGGGCCACAGGAAAGAGGCAAAAUGGUGACCCAGUUUAUGCUCUCCAACCCAGCAGAAAACUGCAGUGCUCAGAAAGAUACCGACCUCAGUGCAGUGCCUGGCAACUUGUAUUUGGAAAGUGGGGGCUCAGCAAGAACUGAUUACCGAGCCAUUCAACUAGCCAAGAAAAAAAAGCAGAAAGGAACUGGGAACAAUGCAGGAUCCUCAGGGCCUGCUCAAAGUAAAAUAAAAGGUGACAAAAUCAGUCCUACUCACUUCCACACAAGCCAGAGCAGUUGGCUGUGUGGGGAUGUUGUGGUGCCAAGCGGAGGUCUGACGGGACCAGAGCCAGCGGCCGGGGUACAGUGUGUUCAGGUCCAGCUAUUGCAGGACGACCCCUCAGGUGAAGGAGUCUUGCCACUUGCACUCAGCUUGCAGCCCCCUCUGGUCCAUCCCCUGCUCACCGUGGACUUACCUGUAUACGUUCUCCAGGAGGUGUUCCCAGCCCCGGAGGAUGCCACUGGUCCUGAGCCUGCACAGUUUGCCAGAAGCACCAUCAACCUUCAGGACUUGCAGUGA